AUGGAAGUGUCUUCUCACAUCAUUUCGAACAACGCAAUUGAAAAUGUAUACCAAAUUCCUUACUCAAAUAGAAGUGAGAACUAUAGUUUCAAUCUAUACCUGGCUGAAGUGGACUUCCGUCCGCCGUUCGCAACCGAAGAAGGAGGCUCGAUAAGCUUAAAUGUUACCUACGAGUGCUGUGGGCAAGAAAAUGAAACACAGAUACUGCAAGCAUCGUUUGUUCGAACGUUUGUUGCUAUUCUGGGUGAAUCGGACAAACCUGUGGCAAGGGUUUUUACGAGUAUUAAAACCCUUCAGGUAGUUGUGGAGAAUUAUGUGCUUCCGCGUAUCCUGGCCACCAUCCAGGUCCCAAGCAAGGUGGAUAUCGAAACGGAUACGGCAUAUUUCAAUGUCUGUGCAAAAUACACCAACGACAAUUACAAUUACAAUUACUUUCGUAGACACUUCGAUGCUGAAAUCUGCGUCGGUUCGGAGUGGCAAUUGAGGCAGCAGCGGAACCUAAGCACUCCGUUAAAAACCACAGUUGGCUUGUCUGGAACAAAUUCAACUGGACCUCGAAUCGAGUGUCUUCUUGUUUCUGGCAGACUUUUCGGCACACCUUUGAAUGGAGGUUGCAUAUGCGAAAGCUUCUCCAUGAAAUCGCUGAUGCAACAUGCUGAAAAAUGGGUUGAGGAGGGGCACAAAAUUGGCUUCACCGUCAAAAUCAGCGACGGGGAUGCGGACUGA